GCUGCCGGAGGGUUGCUGCCAGUAGUAGUGCAACAGCUGGAGUGCAGCAAUCUAAACACGCUUGUUACAGUAUGGGGAGGCAUGAUGACUGCUAGACACACCCAGUAUGGGAUCGUCUCUGACUUCAGAAGGGAGUGGAAGAUAGAUAGGCCCUCUGGGGCAAAGGCAAAGAAGUAGCACGACAGGGACGGGAGAACUGUAUCGCUAGAUAGGAGCGCUAGCAGCAGGAAGGCCGCGCAGGAAGAAAGGAAUCCACAGGCGGAAUACUGGAAACCACCGUGACUCGUGUGAGGGAAAAUCCCGCAGCAGAGAGAAGGAACGUGGAAAGAGCCGGGAGAGAGGAAGGGAAGGGCCUUCCCGGUCACUCCUCCUUCUCCCAUCCUCCUCCACCCUCUCUCCCUCCUCCCCGGUGCUGCCGUCACUCUCAAGCCGGGAGCUGACGGGGUGGUUGAGGCCGCCGGUUGCCCGCAUCUUGCCCAGAAGCCGCACAGAGGAAUUACCCAGGUGGCAGAGGGAGAAAGCUUGGAGCGAACGCAAUACAAGAUGGAGCAGUUAUCGGAUGAAGAACACGACCAUGGCGCUGAAGAGGAUAGUGAUAAGGAAGAUCAGGACCUGGAUAAGAUGUUUGGAGCCUGGUUAGGUGAACUGGACAAACUCACUCAGAGUUUGGAUACUGAGAAAACAGAAGAACCAGUCAAGAGGUCUCCAUUGCGCCAGGAAACCAAUCUUGCCAAUUUCUCAUAUCGUUUCUCUAUGUAUAAUAUAAAUGAGGCUCUAAAUCAAGGAGAGCCAGUGGAUUUAGAUGCUCUUAUGGCUGAUCUUUGUUCUAUUGAGCAGGAGCUUAGUAGCAUUGGGACACAUUCCUCCAAGAACACGCUCAUGUUUCAGGAAAGAAAACCUUCUCAGAAGCCCCCUGGCAGUCGGAUGACCCCCAAGCAGAGUAGCUUAAAAGGACUGCCGUCCUCAUCUGGGAGGAUGCCCAAGCCUUCUCAUGCCAACUUUUCUUUGGAUGAUAUUACUGCACAACUAGAGCAGGCCUCUCUCAGUAUGGAUGAAGCUGCUAGGCAGACAGUUGUAGAAGAUGUAAAACCUAUAAUAACCACCCAUCAUCGCAGGACAGCUUCUGCCGGAACAGUGAGUGACAGCGACCUCCGCUCUGUAAGCAAUUCCUCACGUUCUAGCAUUACUUCUGCGGCCUCCAGCAUGGAUUCCCUGGACAUUGACAAAAUGACUAGACCGCAGGAUUUAGAGCUGCUUCAGCCAGGCCAGCCUAUAUCAGAGCACUCCUAUCUGGACAGGGAAACAUCAAUUCUUCUCAGAAACAUUGCAGGAAAACCCACUCAUUUGCUGACUAAGGAGGAACAAGCGGCCAAAAUAAAGGCUGAGAAGAUUCGAAUAGCUUUAGAAAAAAUAAAGGAAGCUCAGGUGAAAAAGUUGGUGAUCAGAGUGCACAUGUCUGAUGACAGCUCCAAGACAAUGAUGGUGGACGAGCGGCAAACGGUACGACAGGUGCUGGACAACUUGAUGGACAAGUCUCACUGUGGGUACAGCCUUGACUGGUCACUGGUGGAAACGAUUUCUGAGCUUCAGAUGGAGCGAAUCUUUGAAGACCAUGAGAACCUAGUGGAGAAUCUUUUGAACUGGACCCGGGACAGCCAGAACAAGCUUAUGUUUGUGGAACGUAUAGAAAAAUAUGCACUUUUCAAAAAUCCACAGAACUACCUUCUUGGUAGAAAAGAGACAUCUGAGAUGGCAGACAGAAAUAAGGAAGUAUUGCUAGAGGAAUGUUUUUGUGGCAGCUCAGUAACAGUUCCAGAAAUUGAAGGGGUUCUUUGGCUAAAGGAUGAUGGUAAAAAGUCAUGGAAGAAACGAUACUUCCUUCUGCGAGCAUCUGGUAUCUAUUAUGUUCCAAAGGGAAAAGCAAAGGCAUCUAGAGACCUCGUCUGCUUCCUUCAACUGGAUCACGUCAAUGUUUACUAUGGUCAGGAUUAUCGCAGCAAAUACAAAGCGCCCACGGAUUAUUGCCUGGUAUUAAAGCACCCACAAAUCCAGAAGAAGUCUCAGUAUAUCAAGUACCUGUGCUGUGACGAUGUGCGAACAUUGCACCAAUGGGUUAAUGGUCUCCGCAUUGCAAAGUAUGGGAAGCAGCUCUAUACAAACUAUCAAGAAGCACUAAAAAGGACAGAGGCAGCCUAUGACUGGACUUCCAUGUCCACUUCCAGCAUGAAAUCUGGAUCAAGCUCUUCCAGUCUGCCCGAAUCCCAAUCAAACCAUUCCAACCAAUCAGAUGGCAGUGAUAUACAGGCCAUGUCCCAUGUGCGAUCACAGAGCAUUGUGAGCUCAAUCUUCUCUGAAGCAUGGAAGAGGGGAACGCAGUUGGAAGAAUCCAGCAAGGCACGGAUGGAGUCUUUGAGUCGUCCCUCAACUUCACUAUCACAACAUUCACAUGUUCAAAUUAGAGCAGUGUCUCCCCAUGCUGCUUCUCAACCAUCACCACUUGCUCCUCCUCCUCCGCCUCCUCCACCUCCACCACCACCUCCACCCCCUCCUCCUCCUCCUUUACCAACCCAGUCAAAAAGCCCAUCUGUGUCAGCACCAAUUUUGUUUGCAAAGUACAGUACUAUCACAAGGUUGCAGAAUGCUUCUCAGUACCCCGGUCCUCAUUUCAAAUCACCUAGCUUAAACCAGAAUGUUUCUCAGUCCACAAAACCCCAAAUGGUAGUCACUCCCAAUGGUGCUAUUCCUCCACCACCACCGCCUCCUCCCCCACCUCCUCCACCUCCACCUGGCUCAGCUAUGGCUAUGCUAAAGCCUUCCCCUUGUACACCCUCUAUGCCUCAGUUCACACCUCCACCUCCACCUCUUAAAAUCCAUCAAAUUCAGCAGAUUAACACUAUCCAGGCCACUCAGCCUCCACCUCCUCCUCCACUCCCACCACCUCCACCCCCUCCUCCCCCACCACCUCCUCCACCACAGUUCCAAGCACCUGUAAAAAGCAAUGCACCAAUCAAUAAAACAGUAGCACCCAUUGCUACAGUACCUUCAUCUGCUUCAUUAGGCCCUCCUACUGCACCCAAAAAGCAGAUGCAUUUCACUCCCUCACUUAUUCAACAACCCCCACAAGCAUCAUCUGUUCCUUCUGGCCCCACUCCACCUCCAACAUUACCUAAACAACAAAGCUUCUCUAAACCUCCUUCUUCUCCUCAGUCACCUAUGCCAUCUGUUAAACAAAUCGUUAGUCAGUUUCCACCUCCUCCACCUUCAGAUCAACCUCCUAAACAGUCCAUUUCUAAUUCUGUCCCUCAGUCUCCUCCUGCUGUAAAAGCAAAACCAAAAUGGCAGCCGUUUUCUGUCCCUUCACCAGAAUUUCCCCCUCCACCACCUGAAAGCAGCUUAGCUCUCCUUCCACCUCCACCACCACCACCACCCGCUCCUGCAACAUCCCCUGCUCCACCACUUUCUCCCACACCAGACAAAAUGGGAUCCCCUUCCAAAAAGCCAAGCAAGACCUCAAGCCCCGGUGGAAAGAAACCUCCACCUACUCCACAGCGUAACUCAAGCAUUAAAUCCAACAGCUCAGCUGAAUACCAAGAAUCUAAGAAGUCUUCAGUGGACAGUCUAGUCAGCAGAUUUUCAGAAUCUCCUGGUUCUCCAUCAAAGGAGUUGGCACCACCAACUGCAGCUCCACUAAAACCAGCUAAACUCAACCUUUCAGGGGUUAACCUGCCUAUGGUUUUCCAGCAGGUAAAUGUUUCUAGUCAAGUGCCCUGCUUGAAACAAUCAGCGAAAGAACCAGCAACAGAGUUUCCAUCCCCACCAUCAGAUUCUGAACCUGAUUUCCCACCUCCACCAGCAGAUCUUGAGCUUCUUCCCCCACCACCUCCAUCAGAUGGUACACCUGUUGUUUUUUCUGGCAACACCUCACCAAAGGUAGCUGUGGUAAACCCACAGCCACAGACCUGGUCAAAAUCAUCUGUAAAAAAGGCCCCCCCUCCAACUAUGCCGAAACGGAAUGACAGCGUGCGUUUAAUGCAGGUGGAAAUGACAGAUCCUCUUCCACCUGUCAGCUCUCAAGUACCAACUUCACCCAAACCUAGUCUGAGUGUUCAGCCAGGAUUCCUUGCUGAUCUUAACAAGACUCUGCAGAGAAAGUCUAUUACUAGACACAGCUCAUUGUCCUCUGCCCGUUUAUCUAGACCAGAGCCCACAGCCACCAUGGAUGAUAUGGCACUGCCACCCCCUCCUCCAGAACUGCUAGGAGACCAUCAAAAAGCUAACUGCUAUGGAGGUAGCCAUUUAUCAGGCUAUGCAACUAUACGUAGGGGGCCACCACCUGCUCCACCUAAAAGGGACCAGAAUACCAAGCUCUCUCGAGAUUGGUAACAAGUAAUAAACUCUCUUUAGCUGAAUGAACACUUGGCAGUAUAAAGUACUAUGAAUCUAGAAAUUCCUUGUAUGGAAUCACCCACUCAAGCAAAAUAUUCCCCAGAGAAACGUUAUCAGGCACCUGAUCUCACUUUAUGUUGGAUAAAUGCAGUUACAGUUCCCAAUGGAGAUACAUAGCCUGCCCCAAUAUGUACUGGACCAAAACACGUUUCAAACUCAGCAUUCAAAGAGACAUUUUGUAGUGUAUGUUGAUGUGCAGUGUGUCUCUGCAUGUAAUCCUACAGUAGGCAUAUAAUUCUGUAAUUAAAAUUAUAAUAUAGCACUUGUACAAUAAAAGAUAACCAGAAUGUUCUAUUUCACUAUGUCUAUUUCCAGUACAAAUAUUACCUGUAUGGAAGCUUUGUAGAUGGUGCUGUGGCAUAACAAGCUCAUUCACAUAUGUAGAGACUUUCAUUGCGACAUACACUACUUGGAGUUGGCUUUUAGCACAACCGUAACCCUUUGCAGGCUGAAGGGGUAAAGCAUCCUCACUGGCCUUUUUAGUUGUAAGGUGUUUUAUAGUUAAAUCAGUGUUGUGUUUUUCUUUACCCCUAUGACCAUGAAAUGUCAGAUUUGUGGCUGUCCUGCCAGUGUAAGCUUCAGUUCUCAGUAUCCUCUCAUUUGGCUGGGAAAUGUGGAGCUACCGUUCCAAACAGCCUGAUGGACAGGAUUUGGAAAUGUCUUGCAGCCAUAGUGAAUGUUCUACAGAACCAUAGUAAUAUAAAAAGUCAGUGAGCCUAAUGUCAUAACUGAGGUAACGCAUAGUCAGAUUAAUUUAUAAAUACAUUUGGUCACAUGGACUGAUUACAAUAUGUAGAAUUUAAUGUGAUUGGAAAUUAAACCUUAUUCACAGUA